AAUAGUUCGUUUUGUAGUGGCGACACUAAUACGUAUCCCGCGAGCUUGGAAUUCAAAGAACUUCAUUUGUUUCUUGUUGUUAACAAAACAAAUAUACUGGAGUUGACUGCGAGUGUUGGCUGCAGUUGGCAUCCUGUAUUGUUGCAAAUUGCUUGAGGCCGGUUAAAAAGGCGUAACAAUGAGUGACACACAUGACAACGCAAAUGUAAUGAAACUUGAGGGUAGAAACAAGAAAAGAGGAACUUCUAAAGGGAAGAAAGUUGAAAAAAUUGUCCAUCAUACCAGUACUUCAGACACAGGGGAGUUGACAUCAUCUGCUUCAGAAAUAGUUGUGACUGCCAUGCCCAAAGAUUCAGCAUGUUCUUAUGUGUUCAUGAAUCCUCGGGACUUAGAAGUGAAAUGUUCAAUUGUGGAUUUGUCAGAAUCUUGUGAUGACUCAUCAAAUUCUGAAUGUAUUGAUGUGGAGAAUUGUCAUCAAUCAGGAAAUCCAAAGGAACUGAAGAAUCAAAAACAUCAGGUAAAAGAGCCUCAUAAUUCUGCCAGUUCAAAAAUCUCAGAAAAGAAAUUAUUGAAACGACUUGAAAUUAAUCAGUUUACAAAUUUUAUGAAAGACUUUGAUCCGGAAAAAAGCCAGAGAGAGGCUCGCAAGUUAGAAAAUUUGCCAUUUCCUGAGAAGAAGGAAAAAAAGAAGCCACAUAACGAUAAUCGUCUCUAUGACGAAAAUGGUAUUUAUAUAGAAACAGGAGAGGACUUAUGUGACUGUUUGAUUGAGGACUGUCCAGGGUGUCAUUUUCCAUGCCAUAAAUGUCGCUCCUUAAAAUGUGGACAUGCGUGUCGCAGAAACCGAACUUGGUGUUAUGAUGAGAUUGAAAUAGAAGGAACUGGAGUUAUCAUUAAAAGAAAAAAAUAAGCCUGAAAAUGUUUUGCGGGUUGUGAAAAGUAAAUUUUAUGAUAGUGCGUAAAUUUGAAUAAUAUCAAAUCUUAGGGGAAAUUUAAAACUAAGAAAUAAAAUAAUUUAUGUGAUGAAAAGAUUUAUAAGAUUGUCUGUAUUAUGCUUACAGAGAGCAAUGACCAUGACCUGUUGUCUGUUAAGAUUAAUUAUUGCAGGUUUUAUUUUGGUGCUAAAUUUCUUACUUUUUCUAAACAAUUAAUAUAUUGAAUUGAAAUUCAAAAGCAUAAAUUUUAAUGAAAAUUUAUUGCUAUCCUUUUAACCCUUAAAAUUCUGGUCUUGAAAGAAAUUGUUAAUAUUCCAAUUAGUCUGGAACAUCAAACAGUUGUAGGAAAAAACAUAAUGAUCAAAUGUUGAUCAAUUGAGAUCAAAUGUUGAAGUAAUUAUUGCCAUAAAUAAAUAUUAGGUUAAUAGUUUUAAUAACAGAUUGUAUUUCUAAGUCUCUAUUUUGGUUUUCAAAGUUUUUGGACUUCCUGCUAUUGUUCACUCUCACCAUGUUUUACUAUAAAUUAUUUUUUAUUUAUGUAGAUAGCGAGCUCACAUAAAUACAAACUCUGAUUUUGAAAUCUACGGAAAGUUCCUUAUUUCUAUCGUUAAUUACAGUCUGGCCAGGGAUAGGGUUUAGAUUUAAACAUUCAUGAAAUAGAAAUUGAAUUCUUAUCAAGCAGGAUGCAUCAUACAGGUUUUCUUCAUAAUCUGUGUGAUAAACUGUUAGAAUGUGAACUGUUAAUUAUAAAUAUUUUAACACUUUCAACAGAUUAGAAUGUUGAUAUAUUUUAACAAACUGGAUAUUUUUAAGUAAUAUUGAACUGAUAAUUUAAAGCUAGAUCAAUUUCACCAUUUAAUAUUGUGAUAAGUUGAUUUAUGUGAUUGAUUAAGUUGAUAUAUAUUUUUUUAAAAUAUUAUUCAAUUUAUUUACACAAAUAAAUAAUGAGACAGUAGAACGUUGAUAUAAGAGACAUCUGGGACACUUUUGCUUGUUAUUGGCUGGAACUAUUUGCUACAAUAAGUUCAUAUACUAUUGCAGCAUACUGUUCAUAUGCUGCUGAACAAAACCACACAAAAGGGUUUUCUAAAGGACAUUUCUAAAGAAAUAUCUCUUAAUUAAAAUAUCACCUUCAAUGGAUACAGUAUUUUUCAUCCAAUCAUGAACAGCAAAUUGUCUGUAUGGUGAAAAGCUCAAUACAAAAUACAAAACGAAUAAAGAUGUUCCAUAUUCCGUACCAAAUAAUGCCCAGCUCACACUGUUUCUGCUCGCCUGAACAUGUUUAGGACAUAAGCAUGAAAGACCUCUUGGCUUAGAGCCACAUGCCCUCCUCAAAACAAUACCAAGAGAAAGUGGCAGCAGAUUUUCACCUUUCAUAGAUGAGCUGGGUUAUUUCUUGACAUGGAUGGGAGUCCCAUCUUAUGCAGCCUUUGUCAUGGAUUUUCAGAGAGAAACCAAUCACUCUGUUUGCUCUAUUUGGAAAUUUGUUUUAACUUUUGAUUCUUUCUCAGAGGGGAAAUAAAAAAUCUUCUGAAACACAUAUUCUGUCUACUUCAUGCAGGAAGCUUGUAAGCCAAUUUCUUAUGUAUGGUAAGAAAUGAGUUACCCAUUAAGAUUGGGUACAGCCCAUAUUGUCUCAUGAAAUGGAAUUCUACUGUAUUAUUUCCCAGACCAUAAAAAUGACCGCACAAUGUGUAUCUGUUUUCGGGUGGUACAUCAUGCAUUAUAAAAUUGAACAAUGUUUAAAGCAUUAACAAAUAAAAAUGAAGGUGGAAAUUAAUAAAACUGAAUUGUUGCUGAAAUUAUGUAUCAAACAAUUUAUUCCGUAAAAGUGCUAGAUCUGAAGAAAAAACCUGCUUAUUGUAAAGAAUUCCCAUCUUAAAUCAAGUUUUAUUUAAAAUUAUUUGGAAAUGAAGUUCAGAUGUUGAUGAAGUUUUAAGGUUGAGCAUAAGGAAACAAAGCAGUUCAUUGACUUCCGAAUAGCUGCAAACAUUUUGUGAUGUUAUCUUCUUGAUCUUAUUCCUAUUACUUAUAUUUUAUUGUUGAAAACAGCUUUAGUCAUCUUCAAAUAUUUACAUGUUUACAUUUAAUGUAGUUUGUGCAUUUAUUUAUUGUUAAUUCAAUCCUGUUUGUGCUGGUUUUGUGAAUUGUUAAAUUACCAAGUAUAUUAUAGUGUCUUCAAUUGUGAUGUGAAAUACUGUUCUCUCAUAAAAAUGUGCCUUUUGUAUACUGUGAUAUGUGUGAUUGUGAUGAACAUUCAGUCUAUAAUAUGUGUUAAUUGGAAUUCUAGAAAGAUUCUUCAGAUUCUUUAAUUAUAUUUUUGUUUUGAUGAAUUUUAUAAAUAUUAUAUAUUUCUGAGUUCACAAUAAAGUCAUGCUUUGUAUG